AUGGAAAGCACACCUCGCCAUGAAGGAAGCAAAGAAGUCAAUACAACUCAGACAAUCAGGGACUUGGAGAAGUCAGUCCAGACUAAAUGUAACAAAAUACGAUGGGAAGUAUUACAUUCCCUUUAUCAGAAUCUACUUGGAAGCAAGUUUAAAGAUUGGAAGCACAAUUUUAAAUUUUGGACAUCAAUCAGUGUUAACCCAUUUUUUGAGAACUUUGAAAUAAACCUUAACGAUCAGGACCAUAGGGCCUUAAUCAAUAAGACCAAGUCCUUGAAACCCAUUGAUGUUCAAGAAAUGAAUGUUUCGGAUCUGAAGAGGAAAGAUAGAAACUGGAAUGGUUUCAUUUCUUUGUCGUUCCCUGAAAAGGUAAAUAACCUUUGCUUCAAAGCUCAGGAUGGAUUUAUGCCUAGCAUCUCUCUUUAUUUGGUAGAUAUUGUGAGAGUAAGCCCUAGAGUUUCUGAUUCCAUAUGUAUUUGAGGCUUUAAAAUCAGUUUAAAUCACCUUAAGAGACUGAUAUGUUCUUAUAAACAUGUAAACCUGAUAGAUUUCUCUGAUAGCUUUCUUCUAAUUCCUGAUGUUCCUGAUUUCUCAGAGGUUUUGAUAAAUAGUCAGAUCGAAUCACUAAGCUUCUCUGGUUGAGAAUCUUCAGAACAGAUAGAAACCUGGGAUGAAGAAUAUAAAAAAUUUAAAAAUCUAGUUGAAGGGCUGGCUACUUCUGAAGAUUUGAAGAGGAGUCUCAAAAAUAUUCAGUUUGAAAACUGUCAAAUUAAAAGCCAUUGUCUUAAACAACUACUUGAUGAGAAUGGGUUCAGAGAUAUUAAUUUAAUGUAUAUCUUUUAA